GCUGAACUUAGGGACCGGUUUGACCGUCGGAGUGUAAUCUAAACGCUGAAUCUCCGGUUGGGAGCUCGAAUUAGUAGGCAUUGUGUUAAUGUUAACCAAGCCUCUAUGAUGAAGCGGCUCUUGAGUUGGACUAUUUAAAUGCCAAGACACCCAUCAACAUGAAGGUAUUCAAUAGACGGACAGGGACUCGAACAAUACAUUCACAUACUAUCAACUCGGUAAACACUGAACAAUGGGAAACCGCAAGAUUGCGAUCAUUGGUGCAGGUCCAGCUGGUUGUUUACUAGCAAGACUGCUACAUCUUGCAGGCACAGAAGUCACAGUUUUUGAAGGGGAGGCCCAUCCAAACUUCCGAUCCCAAGGCGGUACCCUCGAUCUUCACACAGCAACUGGACUUGCAGCUCUCAAAGAAGCCCAAAUCUUUGACGAAUUCCUGAAGCAUGCCCGCUACGACGGCCAAUAUAUGGCAAUUGUUGAUAAGGACCUUGGAUACCACCUCGUUCGAAACGCAGACGGCAAAUACAACAAGAUUGAAGAGCGUCCUGAAAUCGACCGUUCCAAGCUCCGUGAAAUAUUGGCCCAGUCACUUCCCGAGGGCAUGAUCAAAUGGGGCCACCAUCUCAAGAGGGUCGAAGGCCGAACACUCUUCUUCAAUCACACAACAGUCGAAGGCUUCGAUCUCAUCGUUGGCGCCGACGGUGCCUGGAGCAAGGUCCGAAAGGAGAUCGACCCAAGCCUAAUCCCCGAGUUUGCAGGAAUUGCCAUGCACGAGCUUGAAGUCACAGACGCUGAGAAUAGAGCUCCUGAUUUGACCAAGCUGGUCAAUCGUGGCAGCGUCUUUGCAAGCACAGAUGGCAACCGAACAACGAUCCAACAGAUGGGCGAUGGUAGUCUCAACAUCUACUGUGGCUAUGCCACCGACAAUGAAGACUGGGCAAAGCCCGAGAAUUGCGGCUUCGAUCCUUACAACCUGAAAGAGACCACUGAAGCAUUGCUCAGCACCAAGUACAAGGACUGGGACCCUCGGCUGAGGCAAGCACUAGAGUUGGCUGACGGACGAUGCACUCCACGCUCUCUCUACAUGCUUCCCAUCGGUACCAAAUGGGAACAUAAGCAGGGCCUAACUCUGAUCGGCGACGCGGCACAUCUCAUGACACCUUAUGCCGGCGAAGGUGUCAACCAAGCUCUCGACGAUGCAAUGCAGCUUGCAAAGGCCAUUAACGGAGCUGCGAACAAAGAUGAUGCGGCACUUGACAAGGCGAUCAAGGCUUUCGAGAAGGAUAUGUUUGCUCGAAUUCUUCCCAUUCAGGAACUUACCUGGGGAUUGUUGCAAGAUUGGAUGCAUACACCUGGAGCUCCCAAGACGGUCAUGGCCAAAUCUAUGAGCAGACAUAUAAAGCAUCGACUUCCAUUGGUGCUCCAGCCUUUGGGUUUGGCGGCUGUGCACGGGUAUUACUUUCUGAAGAACAAGAAUCUCAUUAGUUGAGCGCAGAUUGGAAGCGGUUGAAUGUGGAUGAUAUCAAGGGCGAAUUAAUUAGAAUGUUGAUCGAAGUGCUGGAAACAUGGAUGCCGGAGCUAUCGGUACUUAAUAUUAGCGGAUGUUAGAGAGUUACUUUAUUUACAUGGAAUUUCUUGAGGAUGCCAGAAAUGAACAGACAACUCUCAGCUCUAUGUCCUUCAACUGUAGAUAGCAAAGGUUAACAAUCGGUGACCAACUGAGUUUAUGAUGAUACUUUAAGCAGA